AUGGAACGAGUCGUGAUUGUCGGAGCAGGUCUUUACGGUCUCAUCGCAGCGAAGACGUAUCUACAAAUCGUCGGGGCAUACGACGGUGAAAAUACAAGCAAACCCACCGAUGAAAUCGUUGAAAUUCCUAUCUGUUUCACUGAGCGUAUCGAUGCGUCCCAAAAAACCUCCUCCGAAAGUCGACUACUUGUGAUUGACUCUGCCUCCGAUAUUGGGGGUACUUGGGCCGAGGAGCGCCUUUACCCAAAUUUGUUGAGUCAGAACUCGUAUGGGCUUUAUGAAUUCAGCGACCUGCCUCUUUCCGACGUGGUUCCAGAGGAACAAGCCGAUGAUACACACAACCAGUUCAUUGCAGGCUGGAAGAUCAAUCGUUAUCUCCGUGCAUGGGUUGAGAAAUGGCAGCUCGAAAAACACAUAAGAUUGAACUGGAUGGUCGACGACAUCAGCCGUCUCGAAACCAAAGAGUGGAAGCUCAACAUCAAUGUGUCCACGUCCACAUCCCCGAGUCGGCGUGUCACUAUUAUCUGCGACAAGUUGGUCCUAGCUACAGGAUUGACUUCGGUACCAAAUAUGCCAGAAACAAAGGGCUCGUCAUCGGCCUCCGAUAACCUUGCUCCAGUCAUCCAUGCCAAGGAUGUUGGAAAAUGGGCUCGAGAGCACCUAGGAUAUCAGCCACUGAAAGCACCCGAGUCCGAGGCUGUUAACAUUCCAAUCAAAGAGUCACCUUACCCACAACUGCGAUCGGUUGCUGUUUAUGGCGGUGCGAAAUCGUCCUUUGAUCUGGUACAUUUCUUUGCGACUCUGCAUCGCAAUGAUUCAAAGCUGCACCUCAAGUCUACACAGGAAAAUCCUAUCAAGGUACACUGGAUCAUCCGUGAUCGAGGUGUAGGGCCCGCGUGGAUGGUGCCGCGAAUGUCCACUCUCCCAAAUGGCGAGAUCGUUGCAAGCGAUAAGGCUGCUAGCACCCGAUUGAUCACCCAUCUCACCCCGUGCUGCUAUGAGGUUCCAAAACGUCUGUCUCUUGGACCUUCCGGGAGCCUUCACUGGGAGGGCUCAUGGCUGGCGCGGUUAUUCCAUGGCAACCCAGUUGGCCGGUGGUGGAUCGGUUGGCUCUGGCGAUCGAUUGAUAAAGGAUUGGAGGAGACGGCGCAAUAUGGCUCAGAUCCAAAGAUGAAAAAACUUCGCCCGGAGAACAGUGUUGUUUCGUGCGCAUCUGGUAUUGGUAUCGCAAACCAUGAAGACCUCUGGGAAAUAAUUAGAUUGCCACAUGUCAACGUGUAUCGAUCAGCCAUCACGGAUAUCGUCGCUACUAUGCCGGAUCAAACCACAGAUUCAUCAGCAAAAGCCUCGGUGCACUUGUCAAACAGCAAUUCCAUUGAUGAAGUCGAUCUCGUCAUUCACGCGACCGGAUAUAAGCCAAUAGUCCCGAUUCGGUUUGAACCUGCAGGUCUACGUCUAGAACUGGGACUGUCAGCCCUGGUGAACUCAGGGGGCGAGGAUAUUCGCGAGAACCGUGAAAUUCCAGCAGGGACACCAGAGAGAAUCAAUGGACCACUGGAAUCAACGAUGAAAGACCGCAUCAACCACUGGGAAGAUCUAGAUCGACGUUCUGAAGUCAUGGUUAGGAAGACGUUGAAUGCCACAAGAUGCGCUUUCACAGAUCGCAGCCCUCCCUCAUGGGCCGAAUCUCACAAGCUGGUACCGCAUCGUCUAUUCCGCCGUAUGGUUGCACCAGAAUUAAUCGCACAAGGUGAUCGCUCAUUUGCAACGCUCGGUGUUAUUUUAUCAUCCACUAUUGCUGUUGUUGCGGAGGUUCAAGCUCUUUGGGUGGCUGCAUUCUUGACAGGAGGGCUCGACUCCCCCGUGGAAAUUAAGUCAACUCCAAACCAGGCUCUAUCGCUUAAAAAUCUUUCGCUGGUGGAUAUGGAGAAUGCCAUCUCCGAGGAUGUGGUCCUGGGCUCAUUGACGGGAACUGGCCUUGAGGUUGAGGCUAUUCAGUACAAUGACAUGCUCCUGCGUGAUUUGGGACUCAAUCCCCACCGACUCGGCGGUGGGUUCUACACCGAGCUCACCGGGGUAUAUGGGCCUUCGGUGUAUGCUAGAAUUGUGGACGAGUGGAAGAGUGGAAGUCUGGCAGUGAAGAAAGCGUAG